UCCGUGUGGUACGUGUGUAAUACGCCGCUUUCCGACAGAAAGACGCUUUACAGCACUGUCAGCUGUUGUGGCUGAAAUCGCAAACAAACCGCCGGUUUGAAAGAAGACCAUAGAAAUUAAAGAACAUUUCUUUGCUGAAACUUGGCCAUGCGGUUCGCACACCGUUGGAUCAUUGGGAUCACGUGCCUGAUACUCGUGUGGCUGCUGCAUUUCGUCUGCUGGGACUUAGUCGAGCUGUUUGACGUUCAAAAAUCAACUACCGCGGCGCCCAUAGAGCUGCUGUGGUGGUCGCACCACUUCUCCUUUGUGUACGACGAGGUGCGUCAAUGCGGCGCCUUCGAGUGUCGCGUUACAAACAAACGACAGCGAUUGUCCUCAGCGCGGGCUGUUCUCUUCUAUGGAACGGCUCUAAAGACGGGGGACUUUCCCAUGCCACGCAGCCCCCAGCACUUGUGGGCUCUGUUACACGAGGAGUCGCCCAGGAAUGUGAUCUACGCUCCCUUUGAUGACUUCCUGCAGCAUUUCAAUUUCACCUCCACCUUUAGUCGCUACAGUGAUCAACCCAUCACGACCCAGUGGCUGCCCAGUGCCCAUGACCUCAUAUCGAUGGACUACACAAUGUCGUUCGAUUUCAAGUCCUCGAAUCUGAACGGGCCUUCGCCAUCGGUGGUGUUCCUGAACAGCGACUGCGAUACCAUGUCCGGCCGCGAAGACUAUAUGAAGGAGCUGAUGCGGCACAUCAAUGUGGAUUCGUUUGGGAGUUGCCUGCGCAACAAAGAUCUGCCUGCGAGCCUGCAAAAUGAUUAUUUGAACAAUCUCUAUUCGCCGAAGCUGCUGCGCUUUCUAUCAAGAUACAAAUUCAUGAUUGCCAUCGAGAAUGCCGUGUGCGAGGACUACAUCACCGAAAAGUUCUGGCGUCCCUUGGUAGUGGGCGUGAUUCCCAUUUACUUUGGUUCGCCCAGCAUUAAAGACUGGCAGCCGCAAAAAAAAUCUGCAAUAUUUGUCAGCGACUUUCCCAAUGCCGCCGCCUUGGGCAGGUACAUAAUGGAAUUGUCCGAGAACAAAACAGAAUAUGACUCCUUUCGCGGUCACAAACUGAAUCGCAGCCAUCCGAUACAAAACGAAAAGUUACUACACCAUUUGAUCACUUAUCCGCAUCAGACGAGAGAGUAUGACUUCUUCGAGACGUUCGAGUGUGCCGUCUGCAAAUACGCGACGCAUAGUGGGCCCAUCAAGCGUGCCAAUGCGCGCCACUACAACUGCCCUUUGGUGCCGAUCUAUGCGCCGCUGGAGAGCAAGAAGGAGCCGGAAAGAGCGACCGACUGGCGUUCGGCGAUGGAGGUGGGACAGUGCCAGGCCCGCAUCUUGGACACCUUCUUUCGCUCGAAUAAGCCCUACAACGAGGCGGACUUUGAGGCAGAACUCAAUCGCAGGAUGGACGACAAUCGAUGUUCGAUUGACCCAAAAUUGCAUUGAUCGGAUGUGGAGGACACUAAACAGGAGUGAGAUAUUUGCUCGAUAAUUGUUUCAGACUUGUAAUGUUUCGGUUAAAUAUAGAAAGUUCUCGAUAGCCUUA